AUGCCCAGGGCAUUUCCAACACUGUGUCCAGAGAGAUUCGCUGCCCCGAAAGAUCUAGAACGACAUAGAGACGCCUUGCACAAGAAAAGGGAAAAUCCGAAGAAGCACACGUGUACCAACUGCGGUGAGGGAUUUACAAGAGAUGAUAAUCUCGUCCGCCACAAGAAUGAGACUUGCAAAUUUCGGGAGAAAAGGAGAUGA